AUGGCUGCAUUCCUGAGGAUGCAACCCGCUUCGGGCAUAUUUAUGCUGGCCUGCCUUUUCAGCAUACUUACCUCCGCUACGGCUACAGUUCUCGAUAAAGGGAAGUUAGUCUCACUUGAUGGGAUAAAUUACUGGGUAGGAGAAGUGAACUGGAAUUGGAAUGUCUCAGACAUCGUCCCGUUGACCGUCAUCCGGACAAACGUGUCAACCUUUACAUCAGGUACUCUCAAUGAAACCAUCGCUUCAUUCACAGCCUCCGAUGAUGUUUUUGGUCUUGGCUUCCUCGAAGUCAUCUUCCUUCAGUACGACGGCCAGGGCCAGGGCCAAAUUGACUCGGCUCUUGACUUACAUUCGAAGAUUGGUGGCAAUAAGUUGACAUUUAUCUCUUCCGAGUAUCAAUCUCAACCGCCUUUCGUGCAAGCUAAUCUACAAAACAGUCUACCGAAUGGUCCCUACUUUAUCUCACCAGGGACUGGUGAUAUUUUCAAGGUGUUCCGACUUUAUUCAGACCAUCAGCUGGCCUUCACCGAAGGAGCUCUCAGUGAUGAGAUGGGUGGCUUUGUACCUUUGCCAGCCGCAGCAGAAGGGGCCAUGACCAAAAGCAUCGCCGUACCUUCUAGGCUGUAUUACACGCCUACUAUCGAUAGGCCGCUCGCUGGGCUUCGUUGUGGUGUCAAAGACAUUUUCGAUUUGAAGGGUCUACGAACUAGCGGGGGCAACCGAGCCUUCUAUGAUCUAUAUUCUGCGAGGAAUACUAUCGGCUCUUCUAUUCAGCGUUUGAUUGAUGCAGGUGUGGUAAUUGUUGGCAAAAUGGGAACUGUUCAGUUUGCCAACGGCGAUAACCCCACUGCUGACUGGGUUGACUUUCACUGCCCCUUCAAUCCGAGGGGUGACGGCUACCAAGCUCCAGGGGGCUCGUCAUCUGGACCAGGUGCUGGCAUUGCCUCAUACGACUGGCUAGAUAUUGCCAUUGGUGGCUCUAUGAGAAAUCCCGGCAGUCUCCAGGGUAUUUUCGCCAACCGGCCCUCGACCGGCGCAAUUGGUCUUGACCAUAUCCUACCGCUAUGUCAUGAUAUUGACACGGUGGGAGUUUUUGCUCGCAAUGCUGAGACAUGGUCCACCACGAUACAUGCAUGGUAUCCAAACUUCACCGAUUAUCAGAAGUACCCAACGAGAAUAUUUUAUCAGAAUUCUUCUUUUCCGGGGUCUGACACCGAUGCGGGCUCUUUACUCGAGGCCCUUGUUCAAAAGUUGGAGACAUUUUUGGGAGCUCGGAGAGAAUAUGUGGAUAUUGCUACUCGAUGGGAAGAAACACAUCCGAAUGACGCACCUAGCAACCUGACGGAACUUCUUAAUACCACAUACGCUAUUCUCACAUCUGUUGGGCAGUAUCGCUCUUUGGCUUUGCCCUUCUAUGCAGAUUACGCCGCGAAGCAUAAUGGCCGCCAUCCAUUCAUCAACCCCGGUCCGUUGAAGCGCUGGCAAUGGGGCCAGAAUAACGGUGGAGACCAUACUUACAAUGUGGCAUUGAAAAACAGGACAAUUUUUAGAGGAUGGUGGGAAACCGAGGGGUAUGGCAGGGCCAACUUACACACUUGGUCUGAGGGUCUGUACAUCUAUCCUUACAGCAAAGGCGAGAGGCAAUAUCGUAACGUCUACACAUCUGCACCCACGGAGCCACCUAUGGGAUUCAAGGAUGGACGCAUAUCAAACAUGGCCGACGUCCCGGAUUUUGUGGUUCCCGUAGGAGAGGUUCCCUACAACUCGACCGUGUCUUUCAAAACAGAGUACAUGCCGGUCACUAUGAGCUUUGUCGCUGCGCGUGGCUGUGAUUUCAUGUUGGCCAACCUUAUUCGCGACUUACAGACUGACAGGAUUCUCAAGCCAGUCAGCACAGGCCCAAAGAUGUACCCCUAA